AUGGCAUCUUACGAUAGCCUUGUGUCUACCGUCUUAUUGGCUACCUUUGUCACUCAAGUAAUCGAAUUCAGUCAUUCCAAUGCUUCGACCAAUGUAAGUUGUAUUAGUGCAGAGAGGGAAGCUCUUCUGAAGAUCAAACAUGGUCUCAUUGAUCCUUCGAGACGCCUGUCGUCGUGGAAUGGAGAGGAAUGUUGCAAGUGGGAAGGGGUCAAAUGCAACGAGAAGACCGGUCAUGUCCUAAAGCUCGAUCUUCAUAAUCCAUGUAUUGAAGAGAUCGAUAUUGACUUCUUCGUACCUUCAGAUAAGUGCAGGCUGGGAGGUAACAUAGUUCCUUCCUUAACUAAACUAAAGUAUCUAAAGUAUCUGGAUCUCAGUGUCAACAACUUUUCAAUACGGAAAAUCCCAAUGUUCUUUGCUUCUCUUCAGAAACUGGAGUAUCUUAAUCUCUCAUAUGCAGGCUUUGAGGGAGAUAUUCCUAGGCAGCUCAAUAACCUUUCCAAGUUACAGUACUUAGAUCUAAGUAGUGACUUGCUUAUGGGUUAUUUAACCUCGAAUGACUUUGAUUGGGUAUCGAAAUUAUCUUCCUUGAAAUAUUUGCACAUGUUCGGUGUUGUCCUUUAUAAGGCCGCAGAUUGGUAUGGUUCCAUUAACAUGCUGUCAUCUUUGCAAUCUUUAAUAUUGAGCUACUGUCAAUUGCAAGACACUUCUAGCUCUUUGCAAGCCAAUUUCACCUCUCUUAGAUUUCUUGAUAUCGGGUCCAAUAAUAUGAUCUCUUCUAUUCCACCAUGGAUCUAUAACUUGAGCAAGCUAGAACAUAUUGAUUUGUCUGAAAACUUUCAUAUCAAAGGCCCUUUUCCCACGGCAAUCAUCGAGAAUAAUCAAAGGCUAGCCUUCUUUGACAUGUCUGACAAUUCGCUACAAGGUGAAUUUCCAAAAAACUUGAGCAGUCUUUACAAAUUGCAAGUGGUACAAUUACGCAGUAACUACUUCAAUGGGAAUAUCUCCGUCAUCUUAGAUGGUCCUCUCGGUUGGGUACAAAGUAAGUGGAAGAUCUUUGAUGCUUCCAACAAUAACUUUAGUGGUGACCUCCCAGAUCAAUUCGGAGAUUUCAAAGAACUAGAGUUCCUCGAUCUUUCAUCAAACUCAAUUUUUGGUUCUAUUCCUACUAAUUUGGGGAAGCUAUCAUCUCUAAGACAGUUGUAUCUAGCCUACAACAAAUUAAGUGGGACCAUUCCAGAGAGUAUUGGGCGACUAUCGAAUCUAGAGCAACUCCUAGUCCAUCAUAAUUUAUUGUAUGGAGUUGUAAGCGAACUUCAUUUUGAAAAUCUCAAAAGUUUGACUGUCAUAGACAUUUCCUCCAAUGAGCUCAGAUUAAAUGUGAGCUCUAAUUGGGUUCCACCAUUCCAAGUUCGUGAGAUAGAUUUGUCAGAUUGCAAAGUGGGACCUGAAUUUCCAAAAUGGCUUCAAACACAGAAGAACAUUACCGGGUUGACGAUGUCAAAUGCAAGCAUCUCAGGUGACAUUCCUGAUUGGCUCUACGACAUUUCCUCUUACGUUGACCAUUUGGAUAUCUCAAGCAACACGCUUAGAGGCCAAGUUCACCAAGAUAUUGGAGACAAGAUGCCACGAUUAGAGUAUUUGAGACUUUCUGGUAAUAAUCUCAACGGUGGCAUUCCAAGUUCUCUGUGUAAGUUGAAUAAGCUAUAUCACAUUAUUCUCUCAGAUAACCAACUGUCUGGGAGACUGCCUCGAUGUUGGGGAGCAUCGCAAAGGUUGGCAGCUUUAUUAUUUGGGGAUAACAAGUUAAAUGGUCAGAUUCCGAAAUCAUUGUGCCAUCUUCAGCAAUUACGCUAUCUUAGCCUACCUAGGAAUGGCUUUAGUGGAGUAAUCCCAAACUGUUUGUCAAAUCUACAACAGAUGAUCGUCCUUGAUCUCAGCGACAAUGAAUUCACGGGUAGGUUACCUCCAUUGGGGAAACAUUCUCAAUCAUUGCAAGUGAUCAAUUUAGAGAAAAAUCACUUUGUUGGAGGCAUUCCUCCACAAUUUUGCCAACUUCGGUCUCUCAGUUUCUUGAGCCUAGCGCAGAAUAACAUUUCCGGACCCAUUCCCAAUUGUUUCAAUAUGCGUCCUCUUGAGGCAAUGUUAUUUGGUCUCAAUCUUAUGGUUAACACAAAGGGAACCAGCCAAAUAUAUGGUAAGACGCUUUUUUUCUUCUUCUCAAUCGAUCUCUCUGCGAACAAAUUAGAUGGGCAGAUACCAGAAGAGUUCACUAGGCUCGUUGCACUUCAAAAUCUGAACCUGUCUCAGAAUAAUUUGAGUGGACACAUCCCCUCAAACAUUAGUGACCUGAAAAAUUUGGAGUCUCUUGAUCUUUCCAAAAAUAAACUGUCGGGUAGCAUCCCCCCGGGCAUAUCCAACAUUGACUUCCUUAGUCAUCUGAAUCUAUCCUUCAAUAGACUAUCCGGCCCUAUUCCAUCUGGCAACCAUUUGCGCACCGUGGACGAUGAAUCUGUUUAUCAGGGCAACAAUGGACUCUGUGGAGCUCCUCUUUCAAAGAUUUGUCUCGGAGACAAGCCACCCGGUAUUAAUGGUGAUAAUUCGAGUGGAGAUAAGCCUAGCGAAAGCGAUUUGGAUAUCCACAAUUGGUUGUAUGCAGGAUUGGGACCGGGUUUUACAGUGGGAUUUCUAGGAUUCUGUAGCGUCUUGCACUUCAAGAAAUCUUGGAGGGUUUCUUACUUUCAAGCGAUGGACAAGGCCAUUGAGAAAUUCUCAAUGACAACGAUGAUUGCCAUGCUUUGGUUCAAGAGAACGUUUGUAAAGCGCGAAUAG